GCGUAAAUAGUAAAUACCGAGUUUUAACCGAAUGUUGGCGUCACCUAGCAAGAAAUCGUUGAACUACAAAAAUGUCUGAAAUAUACCUAUUAUAUUGUAAGUGGCAUCACCUUGUCCUCUGUAGUUCUCUAUUAUGCCUAUAUCAUGUAUUCGUUCAUCCAGUCGAUCUUAUUGGAUGCCAUUAAAUUAUUGUAUACUGAUUCAUCGAAAUGUAAAUAUUGUCGAUAUGCACAAACCGAUUAAACCGAUAUUUCUUUAUCAUAAAACGCGCCACUAGAGGUCUCUGACGACGGCCGAACGACGAUGACUGUUGUUUUCCAAGUGUGUGGGRAAGUAGUGGGAAUAACGGCGGUCAGCGAUCAUCCGAUCAUCCAAAUACCUACAGUCAAAACUCAAACAACGGCAAUAACAAUAACAACAACAGCGGACCACUCAGACGGUCUCCAAGUGAUGUGUAUUUGCAACACGGCUGCGAGAAUCGUCGUUUUUUGAAUUGUCCAUUUUUUAUUCUGUUUCUGCAUCCACCGCCAUGCCUGCACACGCGUCCGGAAAGCUCAUCGUUGUGUCCAACAGGCUUCCAUUCAUUCUCAAAAAAAACGAACAGACGCUAAAAUUGGAAAGAAAAGCCAGUGCUGGUGGAUUAGUCACUGCUGUGGCACCUGUUGUAGUUCAAGGAAAUGGACUAUGGAUUGGAUGGGCUGGUAUUCACUUAGAAGAAGGUGAAAAAAUACCAGAAUCAGAUCCCAAUGAUACAACACCUACUGCUGGAUUGCGUUCYGAUAAAGUUAUACAUGUUGAUUUUGAUCCUCAAACAUUUGAUAGUUACUAUAAUGGUUGCUGUAAUGGAACAUUUUGGCCUUUAUUUCAUUCAAUGCCUGACAGAGCACAAUUUUCUGGUGAUUCUUGGAAAUCAUAUUGUGCAGUCAAUAAAGAAUUUGCAUCAAAAACAAUAGGUGCUUUGGAAAAUUUAUCAAGAGUAGAAACAGAUUCUGGAACACCUCUAGUUUGGUUGCACGAUUAUCAUCUUAUGUUAGCAGCAAACAAUAUUCGAAAUGUGGCAGAUGAGAAAAAUUUGAAAUUUAAAUUAGGAUUUUUCCUUCAUAUACCAUUUCCUUCAUGGGAUAUUUUUAGGUUAUUUCCUUGGGCUGAUGAAAUUCUUCAAGGAAUGUUAGGUUGUGAUAUGGUUGGUUUUCAUAUUGAAGACUAUUGUUUAAAUUUUGUGGAUUGCUGUCAGCGAAGAUUAGGUUGUCGAGUAGAUCGGAAAAAUUUACUUGUUGAACAUGGUGGUCGCACAGUACGUAUUCGUCCAUUGCCAAUUGGUAUACCAUUUGAUCGAUUUGUGGAAAUGGCAAAGCAAGCACCUGCAGUAAUAAGUACAUCGUUACACUUAGUACUUGGUGUUGAUCGAUUGGAUUACACUAAGGGAUUAGUACAUAGACUAAAAGCUUUUGAAAUUCUAUUGGAACGAUAUCCACAACAUAAGGGUAAAGUAGCACUUAUGCAAAUUGCUGUUCCAUCACGUACAGAUGUUAARGAAUACCAGGACCUCAAAGAGGAAAUGGACCAACUUGUUGGACGAAUAAAUGGUCGUUUCUCAACUCCUAAUUGGUCACCAAUCAAAUAUAUUUAUGGUUAUGUUAGUCAAAAUGAUUUAGCAGCAUUCUAUCGUGACUCAGCUGUAGCGAUGGUUACACCGCUUCGUGAUGGCAUGAAUUUAGUAGCYAAAGAGUAUGUUGCUUGUCAAAUUAAAGAAUCUCCUGGUGUUCUUAUUGUAUCACCAUUUGCUGGUUCUGGCGAGAUGAUGAAUGAAGCUUUAAUUUGUAAUCCAUACGAAUUAGUUGAAGCAGCGGAUAUUAUGCACAGAGCAUUGACUAUGCCCGAAGAUGAAAAAAUUUUAAGAAUGAGGUGUUUGAGACGUAGAGAAAAAGAACAUGAUGUUGAUUUUUGGAUGCGAUCUUUUCUCAAAGCAAUGGGAACUCUAAUACUUGAAGACGGAGAUGAUGUUUUGCCAACUACCAUGCAACCAGUCACUUUGCAGGACUUUGAUGAUUAUUUGUCUAAAUAUAUUGGUAACUCAAACAAACUUGCAUUACUAUUAGAUUAUGAUGGUACAUUAGCUCCAUUAGCUCCUCACCCAGACCUCGCUAUAUUACCUUUAGAAACUAAAGGUGUAUUAGAAAGAUUGGCCAAUAUGUCUGAUGUAUACAUAGCUAUUAUUUCUGGYAGAAAUGUUCACAAUGUUAAAGACAUGGUUGGUAUUGAGGGUUUGACUUAUGCUGGUAAUCAUGGACUGGAAAUUCUUCACCCAGAUGGAAGUAGGUUUGUGCAUCCAAUGCCUAAACAAUAUGUAGAAAAAGUUGGUGAUCUGUUGGAAGUGCUUCAAAAACAAGUUUGUAAAGAUGGUGCAUGGGUAGAAGAUAAGGGUACUUUAUUGACAUUUCAUUACCGUGAUGUACCGUCUAAUAAUCGACCAGAGCUUGUAUCCACAGCACAGCGUCUUAUUGAAGAAGCUGGCUUUAAAGCAGGCCAGGCUCAUUGUGCCAUAGAAGCCAAACCUCCAGUACARUGGAAUAAGGGACGCGCAUCUUUGUACAUUUUACGRACAGCUUUUGGUUUGAAUUGGAGUGAACGCACRCGCAUUAUUUAUGCAGGAGAUGAUGUAACUGAUGAAGAUGCAAUGCAGGCAUUAAAAGGUAUGGCAGCAACUUUUAGAGUAGCCCAGUCUAAAAUAGUUAAAACUUCUGCUGAACGUCGUUUGCCAAGUACAGAUUCUGUGUUAACAAUGUUGAAGUGGAUUGAAAGACAUUUUGGUAAACGGCUACCUCGUGAAGAUAGUGUUGGUAAUUUAAGCAAUAGUCUACAAAUGUCAUUAAGGGAAAUUGAAAUGGAGCUCAGUAUGCCAGAAGAAAAGUCUCCACAAUAAUACAUAUUGCUCACAAAUAUUGUAUCUUUAAACCUUGAAGUUUUUUUUUAUAAUAUGCAGCAAAAUGUCCUAGUAAAAAAUCAUUUGAUUUUAGAUCCUAAUAUUAAUUUAACUUAAGUGUUUURUAUCUUUGUACAAGACUAAAUACAUAAGAUUCAUGUUCAAUGAAUACAGAAAGAUUUUACAUUUUAAAAUCAACAAUAAAUGAAAAGUUAUAUAGUUAUUAUA